GAUGUAUUGUACUCGUGUGUUUUCGGUGAUACACAUUGGAAGUGUUGUUGAUAUCGGGACUGAAUGUUUUACUAUUGUUUUAGCGGAAUUGUAUGACAGACAUUGAAACCUGUGCAAUAGACUCUAUAUUACAUAAUAAUCAUGGCGCGGAAUGCGGAGAAGGCCAUGACGACGCUGGCUCGGUGGCGGGCAGCUCACGUCAACGACAUGGGAAAGGAAAAGGAACGCCGACCAUACCUAGCGUCAGAAUGUCACGAUUUAGCCAAGGCAGAAAAGUGGCGGUUGCAGAUAAUUAGAGAAAUUGCCAAGAAGGUUGCUCAAAUACAGAACGCGGGUCUUGGAGAAUUUCGGAUCCGUGACCUAAAUGAUGAAAUAAACAAACUACUUCGUGAGAAAGGCCAUUGGGAAGCACAGAUACGUGAGCUUGGUGGUCCAGAUUAUGCUAAAGUUGGACCUCGGAUGCUGGACCAUGAAGGGAAAGAAGUUCCAGGAAAUCGUGGUUACAAAUACUUUGGAGCUGCAAAGGACCUCCCUGGUGUUCGAGAAUUAUUUGAACAGGAACCUCCACCUCCUCCUCGAAAGACAAGAGCAGAAUUAAUGAAAGAUAUUGAUGCUGAUUACUACGGUUACCGUGAUGAUGAUGAUGGAAUACUUGUGCCACUGGAACAAGAAGAAGAACGCAAGGCUAUUCUGAGGGCAGUAGCAGAAUGGAAAUUUAGAAAAGAGCACUCUCUUGAGGACCAAGGAGAUGAUGCAAAAGGACAAGAAGAAGAAGAGGACAUAUAUGCUGUUCAUCCAGAUGUGGAGUCUGAUGAAGAAGCUGAAGGACUCCACAAGGAAGAACCCUUGGUGCCCAGAUUUAUUGCACAUGUACCAGUUCCUUCACAGAAGGAAGUUGAAGCUGCACUGUUGGCUCGCAAGAAGCAAGAACUGUUGGAGAAGUAUGCCAGUACAUCAUUACUUCGAGAAGUAGAGGAGACCCGUGGUUUGGCAGCAUUCCCACCACCAGAACAAUGAUGAUUACAUUGUGUUGGAAACACAUUCAAACAUAAUUCUUUGCACAAGGCUGAAGAUAACCGUGAUUCUAUGUGAAGAAAAGAUUAAUGACUGGUACAAAAAAAUCUCAUUUCUGAGCUUUACAAGAAAGACAUUCAUUCCAUUGAAAAACAGAAGCUCACUGUUUCUUGUUUACACGGUUGUGCACAAUAUGUUGUUAUUUUACAUUAUGUUGUAUGGUGGACGUAGGCCAUGAUCAACAGUGCUUACUGCAGUCAAGUGCCAAAAAUAUGGGAGAUAUUGAAGAGUGGUGCCUUUGUCAAACCUGUGUGAUGAUGUGCUAAUCUUAGGUAUUCACAUUAAUUCUGUUGUUGGAAGCUUAGGCUUACUUAAGUCUGUGAUACCUGAUAUGUUACUAUGGUCAUCCACUUCCAACUUUGGUAAUCACUAAAAUUUCAUCUCUGUGAGAUGUGUUGUACAUAUAUUUUAUAUAUGGGGCUAUUUGUUCUGUUGUUGAGAGAACAUACACCCACUGGUUAGUAUGCUGUGUAUGUCUGCAUGGAGUCCAAAUUUCUUUUUAGUUAUUGAUAAGCUUUUUCAUUAAUGUUGAAUUUUAUUUAUGGAACUUUUGUCUGUUCAAAAGAAUUUAUUAUCUUUAUUUCACAAUGUUCAUAAUUUGCAGAAAGUUAUAAUGAAAAAUUAUUUAUUGCUUUGGAUUAUUGAGUCUUGUAUCACUUGAGGAUAUUUUGUUUGUUUCAGUUGCUCAUGACAGAAUCACAUUAAAUACACUUGUUAGUAAUGUGUUAGUAAUGCUAACUUUCUUUGUGCCCAGUAGUAUUACUAUGUGAGAACUGCUUCAGUGGUCCUUAACUCUAGAGCAGGUAAUGUGUUAGUAAUGCUAACUUUCUUUGUGCCCAGUAGUAUUACUAUGUGAGAACUGCUUCAGUGGUCCGUAACUCUAGAGCAGGUGAAGCAGUUUUCAUAAUAUGAGCCGGACGUGUGACAUACUUCAUACACAGGUAAAGGGUAGCUGUUUUUAUGUUACCAAGGUAAACACCUAUGAGCAAAAUCACAAUUUAAUGUUAGUGUAAUUAAACAACAAUAAAAAAACUUACAUAAGUUAGAUCACUGUUUAAUUAAACAGCAAAUAAAUAAACUUUCAUCGUA